AUGUCGUCCACCGCCAUGGCAAAGAAGAACAAGGGGAAGAAAGCAGCCGACCCUAACGAGACCUCCAAACUGCUGGCCGCUAAGAUCUCUCAGUUGGAGCAAGAUGCUGCCGGCGAGAAAGACCAAGAGGCCGAAAUUGAGCGCGAGGUUAAAAAGGCAACCCGUGAUCUCAAUCAGCUUCUGAGCAACAUCGAAUCCCCCAUGACUAGGCUCGAAACCGUCCAUAAGAAGUACACCGAACUGUUGGCGGACAUGAAGAAGUUGGAUCGCGAUUAUACCAAGAGCAAGAAGCGUGCCGAUCAGCUUCAGAAGGAGCAGGACAAGGGAAAGUCCGACCUCAGCAAGACUAUUACAAUGAAGGACAAACUGGAAAAGUUGUGCCGAGAGCUUACGAAGGAGAACAAGAAGGUUAAGGAUGAGAAUAAGAAGCUGGAGGACACAGAGAAGAAAGCGCGCCUGAUUGUCAACGAACGGCUUGACUCGCUUCUGUAUGACAUUCAAGAUGUCAUGGCUGCCAAAGGAAAUCCUCGUAGCGAGAAGGUGGAUCUCGACUUGGAUGAAGCGCUUCGUGCCAAGCUUAAGACCAUCAGCGAGCAGUUCGACACCCGCGAUCUGCAUUACAGGGGGCUCCUCCGUGGCAAGGAUUCCGAGAUCCAGAGUCUCGCUUCGAAGUUCGAGGACCAACGCCGUGCUAGUGAGGUCGAGGCCAACCGCUCCCGUGCUUUGACUUCCCAGGUUUCUACAUUUUCCCAUACCGAGGCCGAGUUACGCAGCCAACUCAACAUCUACGUCGAAAAGUUCAAACAGGUCGAGGAUACCCUCAACAACAGCAACGAUCUCUUCCUCACAUUCCGCAAAGAAAUGGAAGAGAUGUCCAAGAAGACUAAACGCCUGGAAAAGGAAAAUCAUACCCUCAACCGGAAGCACGAGCAGACCAAUAGGAACAUUCUGGAAAUGGCCGAAGAGCGAACUCGGAACCACGAAGAGCUUGAGCGCUGGCGCCGGAAGUGCCACCAUCUCGAAGCCCUUUGCCGGCGCAUGCAAGCUCAGGGCCGAGGCGAAGGUCUUGCCCUGGCCGAGGGUGACGAUCAUCUCGAGGGCGAUGACGAAGGCACCGAAAGCGAGUACGACGACGAUUACGAAGAUGAGGAAGAUAUCAGUGACGAGGAGGACCUUGAGCCGCCUGCGAGCCGGAUCGACGAGCCUUCAGAGAGGCCCGUCUUUGGGCCUACUCCGCCUCCCAAUCUCUUGGAGGCUCGUGCAAAUGGCAAUGCUGCGGGUGUUAAUGGCUUGGUUUUUUAG